AUGUCGUCGUCCGACUCGGUGCCACAGCAAAACACCACUGACUUGCUGAAAAAUGCGCAAUUUGCGAAAGCUGGAGCUGGCGUAGUGCCAGAUGCGGCACCUGUCAGCGCGUCGGACCUGCUGGCCAGCGCAUACGACCCUGCGCGGUUACACCCACUGGCGGGUAUCAGCGACCAGGUCGACUACCUCAUGCUUGACGAUGACAAGUUGACGGACUUGCCUGGGUCGGACACGGCUAUUCCCUCGCGUGGUUGGAGUGAUGACCUAUGCUAUGGGACAGGGACGAUGUAUCUCGGCGGUCUGGGUUUGGGUGGACUUUGGGGUCUUCGGGAGGGUGCCAGCCGGCCCCUCGCAAUGUCAAACGCCCGCCUGCGAAUCAAUGCGAUCCUAAACUCGGUUACACGACGAGGGACCUUCAUGGGCAAUUCUGCCGGAGUUCUCGCGCUGUCAUACAACGCGAUAAAUUCCGCGAUCGAUGGUGUGCGUGGGCGUCAUGAUGCAUAUGGUAGUAUGGCCGCAGGAGCCCUCACGGGGGCACUGUACAAAUCGACAGCUGGAGUCAAACCUGCCCUGGUCGCUGGCUCUGUCGUUGCUGCAGCAGCAGGAGGUUGGAGUUACGUGAAGAGGCACGUUUGA